CGUUCGGAGUAAUCGAAGUUGCAGGAGGGGGUCUCUUCCGGCUAUGCGUGGUCACAUUUAGCCAUGUGACCGGAAAUAUUGUGCGACUCAAAUUGAGGUGACUUCCGUUUUUUUUCCUUUGAUUCCCCUUGUCGAUGGGAAAUUGAGGCAGCGGUUGACCAGAUGAUCCAUUGACAAGAUCACGGAUGACACAUCUGUACAUGAAUAUCAACAACUUCACUGCUCACUCCGAGGAUGAGCAAGUUGUGUAACUUGCAGAACGCUGAUUUGGAUCACAGUCUUCCUGCCAUUGCUUCCUCACUUUCAUAUUCCCCGGGGUUUUCUCCACAUUUCUUUUCUCCUGAGAGAAGAAGAGCCAUUUCUGAUGUGCGGCGAACCUUCUGUCUCUUUGUGACUUUUGACCUUCUCUUCAUCUCACUCCUCUGGAUAAUUGAACUGAAUACUAUCAAAAGUAUCCAGGUCAAUUUAAAGGAAGAAGUCAUCCACUACAAGUUUAAAACAUCCUUUUUUGACAUAUUUCUCUUGGCUUUUUUCCGGUUCUCGGUGCUACUUCUUGCAUAUGCUGUUUUUAAACUCCGUCAUUGGUGGGUCAUAGCGAUCACUACAUUGGUGUGCAGCACUUUCCUGAUAGUGAAAGUUAUCUUCUCAGAUCUGCUGACCAAAGGGGCAUUUGGCUACCUCCUACCCAUUGUUUCCUUUGUUCUUGCCUGGUUAGAAACAUGGUUCUUGGAUUUCAAAGUCUUGCCACAGGAGAUAGAGGAAGAACAAUGGUAUGUGGCAGCUCAGGCUGCUAUGUCUCGAGGACCACUCUUUUACUCAGGAGCACUUUCAGAUGGCCAAUUCUACUCUCCUCCAGAAUCUGUUGCAGGAUCGGAUGAGUCAGAUGAUGAAGUUAUGGGGAAAAGGGCGGUAACUGAUGAGGAGAGAGAAUAUGUCCGGCAAGGCAAAGUAGCAAUGGAGGUGAUGGAUCAGAUCUUAGCCCAAGAAGAAAACUGGAUUUUUGAGAAAUGCACAGACUUUGGGGAUACAAUUCAUUUUCUCGAAAUGCCAUUCUAUGGCAAGGUUUUCGUCCUAAAGGCUAUUCUGCAAUGUCCAGCUGAGAUAGUAUACCAGGAGCUGAUUCUCCAACCAGAGAAGAUGGUCUUAUGGAAUAAAACUUUGCUAGCAUGCCACAUCUUGGAACGGAUUGAUGAUAACACAACUGUAUCCUAUGAUGUGGCAGCUGGUGCCGCAGCUGGUGUUGUCUCUCCUAGAGAUUUUGUGAAUGUGCGUCGGAUUGAGAGAAGAAGAGACCGGUACAUUUCAUCAGGAAUGGCAACAAUUCACAGCUUGCGCCCUCCAACUUCCAAAUAUGUCAGAGCAGAGAAUGGCCCAGGAGGUUUUGUUGCCCUGAAAUGUCCCACCAAUCCAAAUCUUUGUACCUUGUUCUGGAUACUCAAUACGGACCUUAAGGGUCGGCUUCCCCGAUAUCUAAUUAACCAAAGCUUGAGUGCCACCAUGACAGAAUUUAUGUUCCACCUGCGUAAAAGAAUUAUGGAAAUCACAUCAAGAUCUAAUUCUUAAAACUUGGUUUAACAUUGCCUUUUGAAUGUUCUGUGAACCUAUCAAGGCCCAAAGAAGUGGAUACUUCUUCCUACUAGUUGAAAAAAAAUAUUUAGCUGUCAUUCAGGAUAAAAAUGAAAAAUGAGCCUGUGGCCAGUGAUGUCAAUGAAUAGACUCAGGAAGAGGAGAUAAGAUGGUUGAUGGUUCAAAACAGAACAUAUUGAAGAGAAAAAUUAGGGCAAAAUCUUUGAGAUCUCUUGCCAAUGAUCAAAGUUAACAUUGCAGUUUUUGUGCCAAAUUAAUUCAUAAACGUAAUCGCAAAGUCCUGUGGCUUAACCCCUAAUACUUCUAUCUGUCCCUCUUUUCUCCCUUGACAUGGUCAUACUAUUUCUGACUAAUAUAAACUCAUAAACACAUCCAAAUGUGAAGAGUACCAUCAGGUAAUCCUGCAUAUGAAGUCAUUGGAGUGCUGCAGAAUAAGCCAGAUAAUUUUCUAAUCACUGUUGUAUUAAUUCUGGACCCUCCUUUUCUUAAACAAUGAUGUAUCCCUUCAAGACAGAGGACUGAAUUGCCCAAAGGUGUGACCAUAAUUUGACUAUGUGUCCUUGAAGAGGUGAUGGUUUCAGGAAAUGAAAUUCCCACUAUCUCCAUUGAAUACACGGAUUAGAAUUAUGCUUCAAAUUUGUCUUUCUGAGCUGCUGUUCUAGUUUUAUCAUGAUUUUUUUUUUAAUUCCUUCUUUCCGAGAAUGUGAAGAAGGCCCCCAUCUCUGUCUGCAGAACUGAACCUUCUACAGUGGCUGACAUUUCAUAGUUUGAUUAUGAUAUUCCAUCCUGUAAUGAGUAGGCUGGAGGACUUGUUAAUUAAGGUCAAUAUA